AUGUUGGGUCGAACGGCAUUUCCAUCUGCUGCACCUCAAGCAUUUGUCACAGCAUCCGCCAUUCGUCAAUCUCCUCCCUCACUACGGAUAGAGCCCCCUUUUUCUGGAUUGCACCCUCCACUCUGGCCAUUACGUCCCGGCCGGGACGCCUCACCCGAUCUCUCGACGGCUUCUUGCACCCAAGACUACAGAUCAUCAAGCAACGUUGGACGGUCUCUGCCGUGCUGCAAAAGCCACAGCACGCCCGGUCCAAUUACUAUUGGUAUCUUGUUCAGCACAGGCGCAGCUCCUGAGCACAAGAUGCCCACCGCUCCGCUACUUUACCACUAUACCAUGUAUUCUGCACGCUGGCAUCCACAGCUGCAACUUCCGCAUGCCCCGAGCCCAAGAUUGGCGAGAUCAUCGCUCGCCAUGAUCACGCUGCGUAAGUUUUCGCUUCCUGUCAGUAAAUGA